CCGCACCGUCUAGUGACGACGCUUCACCGCUGCUAACGAUGGCAAUGUGGAGCUUCGCCUGUGCUAUUCUAGGCAUUUAAGCCCGGGAUGGAGGAUCCACGGCAGUCGGUGGGAUCGUACGACGGGGGUGGCCAGUACACGGGCAGUGAUGUCGACCUAAGGGAAGAAGUGCAGCGGUCAUACACUUACUCUCGACAGUAUCAAACUGCAUCACAGAACUACGGUAACCAGGGUUAUGGUUACCAGAGUGGAUAUGCCAACUAUCCACCAGAGAACUACCAACAGCAGCAGCAACAGCAAGCAAAUUAUGCUCAGAUCAGUGGAUAUCAGGGGGCGCCGGUGGUGCACCCUCACGGCGACGUCGACCUGCGGCAGCAGUACCCGAGCUAUUACACGUCGUCGUCAGCGACGGCGGCGGCGCGUCACGAUGACCCGCCGCCGGCUGCCAGCGCCGCCGCACAUAUCCUGCAGGCUGCGCGCGCUAACAUGGUGCAACAGCAGCAGCAUCAGCAUCAGCAUCAGCAUCAACAGCAACAGCAGCAGCAACAACAGCAGCAACAACAGCACCAUCAACAACAGCAGCAGCAGCAGCAACAGCAGCAGCAGCAGCAGCAGCCGCGGGCUGACACUCAGUACUCGCCGUCUCAGCCACAGCCCUCGUUGAACAGUCAUCACCAGCACAAUCGUAACGCAUCGCAGCACCAGGGGGCGCCGCCGGCUGCCGCCGCCGUCCCGCAGACAAAGUCGCCGAAGAAGGCGCGCGACCCGUGUGUCGAAGCCCUGCAGGUGGCGCUGCAGCAGGCGCAGAAGCACAUUGCUGCCCACAAGCAGAAAGCGCAGCUUGCUGGCGGGGGCGGUGGCAGCAGUGCGGCGACCGACGCGGCGACAACUGUGGUCAACUCGGCGUCGCUGAAGCAGGUGGCGCCUCCUACUCAGAAGAUUCCAGCACCCGAACAGAAUCCAGCUGGAGCAGCCGUUGAGCAAAAGCAGGUGGCGCCGCCAUCAAAGCAGGUGUUGCCACCUUCCCAGCAGAAGCCCGUGCCGCAGCAAGGCCUGCUGCCGCUGCUGUCGCAGCGUCCGCGACCGACGGGCGCGACUGAGCAUCACGAACAACAGGUGGCGACACCGCAGAAGGCUGUGCCCCAGGUGGCAGCACCGCUGGUGGCAGCACGACAGAAGGCUGCGCCACAGGUGGCAGCACUGCUGCCGGCCGUUGUGAAGAAGACUGCGCCCCAGGUGGCAGCACCGCAGAGAGGGCAAUCGCGGGACCCGAGGAUGAGCAGGCUGGCUGACCCACGGGUGAACAGGCUGCAGGCUUCCCCGGACCAGGGGACCGGCAAGGGCACUGCAAAGGAGCAUUCUGCGGAUCAGAACUGCGUGCCACGGCCGGUCACCUCCGUAACGAAAACCUCGUCGCUGCCGAGCGACUGGCACGUCAUGCAGCGCUCGCAGCGGGCGCUAGCGUUGAACCUGGCGGCGGACGGCAACGACGCGAAACCCGUGAAGGAUGCUGGCCCGGCGGAUCCGCUCUCCUCCCUGCAGAAGAUGACCGAUCACGUGCCGCCCGUCGCCGACGAUGGAGGAAGCCCCGCGCCGCAGCUGUCGCCGAUCGCCGCGAACGAGGGCAAGGGCAAGGCGCCAGCGCUGCUGCCGACGCCGACGCUGCGUCGCGACGGUCAGUCCGCGGACGGCCGGCCCGCGACGGUCAAGGUCCGGCCGCAAGCGACGCCGAGGGCGGAGACGAGGGACGAGCGGAGGUCAAGGCCGGCUGGGGUCGCGGGGUCGGCAGGUCGUGACACGCAGACGUCGGACGCUCGCACGCAGCAAGGGUCGCUGCAAGCGCCGGCUGACCCGAGGUCACGGCCGGCGGACGGCGACCGCGAGAGGUCGGGGCGGGCGGCGCGCGUGCCCGAGAUGCGGCCGCAGAAGAAGGCGCGCUAUGUAUACGCGCCGAAAUUCAGCCCGACCGAGCGGCAGCCACCGCUGCUGCCGCCGCCGCCGCCGAACGAUCUAACGAAAGUCGAUCGCAAAACUGCCGAUAAGACGCCCGAGCGAGACGCGGCGGUGACGACGGACGUGCCGGUGGCGCCCCCGAGUGAUCGGCGGCGCCCGGCGGAGCAGUCGCGACGCACGGCGCGCUACAAGACGACGUGGUCGUACCGCUCCCCGCCGCGAGACACCGACGCCGCCGCCGUGCCGCCGCCGCGGCCCGCGUUCAAGACGAACCGACUACAGAGCAGCGAGAAGCCUCGUGUCGCGCUCGUCGACCCGCCACCGGAGAGCGCCGCCGGGCGCGACGCCGUGCACGAGAUACUGUCGGUGGCGCGGACGCUGGACGAGACGAACCGGGCGGUGGAGGUGGCCGUGCAGCAGGAGCAGCGCGCCAAGCGUCGCUCGACUUCGCCGUACGCGCGCGCCGACGCCGCGACGCGCGUCGCCAUGCGCAGCGCCCUCGUCGGCCUACGCAAGGAGGCGCGCGAGCGCAAGCAGGCCGCCGCCGCAGCCAGCAACAGUGGCGCCCUCGCGGCGGCGGCCGGCGGGAAAGAGGUGAAGGAAGGUGCGUCGGUGGACGGGAAGACGCUGGAGGAGAGGCUCGAGGGUCUCCCGCAGUCGGUGAAGAACGAGAUUCAGAAGAUGAAUGCAAAGCCGGCGGCGACCACGCUCAAGCAGACGCCGUCGGUCAAGCAUGCGGCGUCGUCGGUCAAGCAGAUGACCUUGGCCAAGCAGGUGGCGUUGCCAAAGCGGGCGUCUUCCCCUAAGCAGGCGCCUUUGCCACCAAAACAGACGACGUCCGCCAAGGAGACGCUCUUGCCACCAAAACAGACGACGUUAUCCAAACAGGUGCCCUUGCAGAAACGUCCACCGUCCCCCAACCAGACGCCGCUGCUGGUUAAGGAGGAAAAGACGUCACCUCCGCCACGAACAGCGAAGGCCCCACCAGGUGGCGCUGCAGCAAAGCGCAAGCGGAGGGCGUCCUUUCCAUCCGAGAGCGACUCUGAACAAGAGGCACCUCGCAAACCGAGGAAAAAGCUGGCAAAGAAGAAGAAGGUCGUCGGCUUGAAGAAACCGGCAGCGGGGGCGGGCAAGAAGAGGGGCCGCAAGAGGAAGGCGUUUGUGAUGGAGAGCGAUGGCGAGGAGAGGCGCAUUGCCGCCAAGUUCCAGCGCAAGGCGAAGAAAAGGUCGACGGUGGCGCCCCGCGGUGGCAAGAAGUUUGUCGGGCCGUACGUGUGCGUCGUAGGGGCGCGCGCGAGUCCGGCGUCGUGCCGCGUCGUCAACAUGGUGCACGAGGAUGCGGACGAGGCAUCGCGCCGCCGCCGCAGCCACACACGCGACCUGCUGGCGCCAUCUGUUGACACGUCGACAAAGCACUGGACGUGUUCGCUGUGUGGGAAGCGCAGCAACGAGUGGCAGCUCGGAGAUCUGUUCGGGCCGUACUACGUGGAGCGCGCGACGGCAGGGAUCCCCGGCAAGCGGAAGCGCGGCAAGGACACGGAGGAGGUGUGGGUGCACGAGCCGUGCGUGCUGUGGGCACACGGCGUGCACGCGGUCGGCGAGAGCUUGUGCGGGCUGAGAGACACCGUCAUCGAGGCGAGAAACAUGCAUUGCACAUUAUGUAAGGAGCCUGGUGCCACUAUUGGAUGUCACAGCAAGGGAUGCAGAGACCAGUACCACUACGGCUGCGCAGUCAGGAAAGGAUGCUCCUUAGACGAGGAUAACUUCUCUCUUCUCUGCUCAAAACAUAAAAGCCAACAUCCCAAGUCAUUGGAUUGUCCAGCGGAUGUGUUUACAACUGACAUUGAUCAGUAAAAGUCUUAAAACUGGAACAGUCUACAAGUGAGAGCUGCGAUGGCCUGCAAUGGAGGAGGAAUACCAAGAAAGAGAUUGUUGUGUAGGAGGGCUGCGAUGAGAAACACCUGCCUGUGAGGAUAGAUUCUAGCGGAUAUUGUCUGUGCUAUAUUGGAGGGUUGCUACAAUAAGGGUCUGCUAGGGCCGAUGUCAGGAAGGCGGUAUCGCUUGAAUCCUGGUCUGUCUGGAAAGGUGUAUGCUGCAGUAAACUGUCAUGGCCGAUUCUACAGAUGUCUGCUUGGUGGGAAUAAGAUGUAUAGGAAUGACGUCUGCACACAUCUAUUGUAAGCAUUGCAAACAACUGAUGCUGUCGGCUUACACCACUAACUUUGUACACCCUGGUAAAAUGUUACACCAUGCUACAUGCUUGCUUAUACCUAAUGGGUAAAGAUCUCAAGUGAUCUCACAACGGUGUAACUCUUGGUUGUGGAGAAGGUGGGUGUUUGUGUACUGGUGCGUGCGUGUGAUUGUGUUUGAUUAAAUUCUCUGUGUAUAUAUGAUUCGUGCAAAAUAUCUCUUUAAUCGUCUAGCUAGAUAUGUUUACAAGAUGGAAAAGGAAAGCAGGCGAUUGGUAUUGGUGAUGAAGGUAACGUAGGGUAAUACAAAAGGAGGGUGCAGGAUGUGUAUUCGCAGUGAGCGAAUGACGGCCUCCUUUGCACAUUUAUUACUAAAGCGUUUGUGGCAGGAAAGUAAACCUAUUUUUUCUGUGAAAAUGUAAGGGAGUCUAGAGUUAUCCAUUGGGAUCAUUGCACAGUGGUGUCGGUAUUGACAGUGGUGUCACCUCUGCUUUGUAACAAAAUGCAGUACCAAAUUAGCCACCACUUCAGUUCUCUAGUGAUUUAAGACUUGCCAUCUAUCGGGUUGGUUGUUGAUACACAGGCGGAUGUCAUGUACAUGUGUAGAUAUUCCUGAUCUGUUGUAGAGCUGUGAUUUCCCUAAAAAUUCGUCUUGCUCUGGGACUCCUCAUGUGUGUAUAUUGUGACGACACUCACUGUACAUAGGAAGCUAUUGUUGCCAAUUCAGUAAGCGAUGGAAUGCAUGAACACCCUCUUUUUUACUCAUUUUUUUGGACGUUAACACAUUCGAUAGUGUGGCUAUUAACUGAGGGUCUGAACUAACCCAUAAUUGUUUUUUUAGUGUUUGGCGAUCGCUCUCACUGAGGCCAUACAUCUACUUCUACUGCAUCUCUGUGCAUGCUGCUGCUAUUACUCAUAGAUUUCAUGUUCACUAUUGUUUGUUAAUGCUACACCACACCAGGGGGCGCUAUGAGCUUAUACGUCUUCCACGUUAAGAUCAGGCGAACUAUUGCAAUUACAUAUCGUGCAGAUCUCACCAUUUACAAUACGGUGAAAGUCGUGUAUAUUUCCGCACGCGAUAGAGCAAACGUUUACAAAUAUGUUAUUUCCAUCAUUUGGGAAUAUACACCGCUUAUACAAAGUUGCAAACUGCAGUGAUGGGCGCAUCUGACCAGUCUCAUCUGUUUAUUUCUUCCCAUGGUUCUCACUUGUUGCUUGCUUGGUUGCUUGUUGUGUUAAACACCGUUUCUCUCAUGGUGGCGCCAUCUCUCGCCCAAGGCACCGUGUCAUGUUGCGACCGUCGUACCAUGUCCAUGGUUGUAUAUAUUAUGUGUAGCCAGAUUUUCCUAAACUACUGGUAAAGCGGUCCUUUGUUGCGUGUAUGUUUCUGUGCGGGCCACGAUCAAUGUUGCUCGUGCAUUAGCAAUUGAAUGUUUGUACCAAUAAAGCUCGUUUAUUUGAAAACCUAAAA